UAUUCCGAAUUACUAUUUAUUCUAAAGUGAAAGUAAAAUUUUUUUGAAAAAGUAAGUACAAUGAAUGAUGAGGUAGCACAAGAUGUGGUUGUUUAUAACAGACCUAUUGUUUCAAAGCGUGCCAUAAUCACAACAGUAAUUCUGGUCUAUAUCAAUUUGCUUAACUACAUGGAUCGAUUCACAGUUUCAAGUGUUUUGCCAGACAUUCAGUCAUAUUUUGGUAACAUUGGUAAAUCAAAAGCCGGUCUUUUGCAAACUGUUUUUGUAUGUGCUUAUAUGGCAUUUGCACCAUUAUUUGGAUACCUUGGCGACCGCUAUUCACGAAAGUAUUUAAUUGCAAUUGGAAUCACCAUAUGGUCUGUUACCACUUUUGCUGGUUCUUGUAUGGGGAAGAAUUCAUUUUGGGGUUUUUUUGCUCUCCGUGGUUUGGUUGGGAUUGGUGAGGCAAGCUACUCAACAGUUGCACCAACAAUUAUUGCUGAUUUGUUUGUUGGUUCACAAAGAAGUAUAGCUCUUACAAUAUUUUAUUUUGCUGUGCCUUGCGGAAGUGGUUUAGGUUAUAUAGUGGGAUCAAAGUUUUCACAACUCAUGAAACAAUGGCAAUGGGCACUCAGGGUUACUCCAGUACUUGGUAUAAUAGCUGUUCUUUUUACUGUAUUUGCGAUGCAUGAACCAAAACGUGGAGCUGCAGAAUGUUUUGAUGAUCCAAAAAAAAUAGACGAUGUUUCAGAAUCAAUUGUUGUUGAGCAUCCUUCAAGCUUUAUUGAUGAUCUUCGUGUAAUAGUACACAUCCCCAGUUUUGUAUGGUCUACCGCUGGGUUUACUUGUAUUUCCUUUGUUGUUGGCGCCUUGGCUUGGUGGGCACCAGAUUUUGCAUUGUACUCAUUGCAUAAGCUUAAAAAUAAUACUAAGGAUACAAUUCAAGAUGUUAGUUGGAUAUUUGGAAUUAUUACAUUUGUGGCUGGAGUUGUUGGAGUUGCCAUUGGUGCAGAAAUAGCUCGUCGAUGGAAAAAAACAAACAUAAAAGCUGACUCUCUUGUGUGUGCUUAUGGAAUAUUAGGAGCAAUCCCUUUCCUCUUUUUUGCUUUGUAUGUAGCAGAUAAAAGUCAGUAUUUAAUGUGGGCAUUCAUUUUGAUUGGAAAUAUUUUAAUGUGCAUGAAUUGGUGUCCAAAUGGAGAUUUGCUUUUGUAUGUUGUGCCACCAAAAUGUCGAUCUACUGCUGAAGCUUUUCAAAUACUUCUAAUACAUGUUUUAGGAGAUGCUUUUAGUCCCUUUGUGGUUGGCUUAGUUUCUGAUGCGUACACAAAAGCUCACCCAAACAAUUCAAAUGCGACGCAACAAGGACUCCUAUACAGUUUGUACAUUACGCCGUUUUUGUGUUGUUUUGGUACAGCAUGUUAUCUAAUAUGCUCGCGCUAUGUUGAAGAAGAUAAAAUGAAAGCUGAAAAGCAAAUAAAAAUUGAAACUCAUAAAGAUUUUUAUAGUAAUACCUUAGUUAUUCCUAAUAUGGUAAACGUUGACGAAUCGCAAGACGAUCACAAACCCCUGGUUAUUUGAAACAAACCUCUGGUUGUUUGAAACAACCCCCUGGUUGUUUGACAAGAAAUAAUUAUUGAAAUAAGUUCAAUUUUUAUUCAA